AUGACGAGCCAUAGCAGUCCAAUAGGUAAUGUCACAGGUAAUAUGGACCAAAUAGGUGAUCAUGAUACUCCCAGGAGCACAAGUGCGAUAGGGACUGUUGCUACUGCCUCUGGAGGUAACGUUGCAGAUGGUGAAGAAUACACGCCCCACAAUUUGCCGGAAAAUAAUGAAGCUGAUAAGGAUUCUUCUAAUCACGAUAAGGAUUCCGGAACGGCUGCCUCAAAGAAGGAAGGUAGUAUGGAUGCUGGUGCUGAUAAGAAGGCUAAUACUGACCAGGAUAAUGUAGAUUUGAUGAAAUUUUCUGAAGAGAAUUACUCGAACUUGUUGAAUCAUUUAAAUCAUUCGGAACCGCAAUCUCAAUCUCAAACCAAGUCGUCGGUUACACCAUCGAAAGUAACGGAUGUUCAUGAUACUGUUGCUGGAGAUCAGCAGCAUUUGGAGUUAGGUGCCAUAUCGAAGAACGGUGAACACCUCGAUAUCUUAUUGCAGCAAUACCAAAACGUGAUGCACAAGCCACAUGCUAAUAACAACCACAAUAAGUUUGGUUCAAGCAAAAUUUGUGAUUUCUGUGCACAACAAAAUAAACAAUGUGUAUUUGUACCUGACCUUGGUAAUUGUAUUGAAUGUGAAACCAAGAAACGUAAAUGUACCUUUGAAAGGUCGGUUAAUAACACGAAACGGACUGAAGAACAAUCAGAUAUGCUUGUUGAAAAUUUACCAAGAAAGAAAUCAAGAACUAACGAAACGAAUAAGCUAUCUAAUGGUGAUAUUCAAAACGAAUACUAUUCAAGUUUCUUACAAUCUUUAAAUACAUCUAUGGGUCAACAGGGAAGUACUCCAACUCAGUAUGAUAAUUUAGUACAUAGUGGAGUCAUGAAUGCGAGAGAUGUGCAAAGGCCACAAUCUCAACCAAUGAUGGACCAACAGACAAAAGUAGCUGUACCACAUCACUCCAUGUCUCAGACUGUAUUGAAGAAGCAGCAACAGCAACAGCAACAUCCUCAAAUUCAGUACCCUCGAUCAUCAUUUUACGUCGGGCCUACAUCCAUAUAUGAUAUUGGUAUUGUAGACCAUAUUAAGUUGGACAAUAUCGAUCAGAUACAGAUAUCGAAAACAUUAUCCCUGAGGAAAGUCGCACCCAAAGUUCAAUUCUUACUAAGUGAUGAUUACAACCAGAAGUUGUAUAUUGAACAAGAACAACAGAUAGAUAUGGUGGAGGAAUUGGUUCAUCCACAUGGUAAACUUUUGGUUGAAAUUUUUUUCAAACGUGUCCACCCAUACUUUCCUAUUUUACAUGAACGAGUUUUCCUAGAAAAAUACUUGAGAUCAUAUAGGGAAUUAACUACACCUUUGUUGGCAUGUAUUUAUUCCUUGGCUCUUCAAUGGUGGGAUUUCCAUCCCAAACUGAUUGGAUUUGCCAAGCCUGAUGUAGUUGAAGUAUUGAACGAUAUUGCAUUCAAAACUUUUUUUGAAAGAAUCGAGAGACCCAAGCUGAGUAUGAUUCAAACUGGUCUAUUAUUACUUCAAUGCAGAAGUGAAUCUAGAAAUAAUUGGGUAUUGUGUUCCAAUGUUGUUGCUUUGUCGGAAGAAUUAGGUCUUGGUGUUAGCUGUCAAGAUUGGAAAUUGCCUAAAUGGGAAAAAGAUUUACGUAAGAGACUAGCGUGGGCUGUUUGGUCCACAGACAAGUGGUGUGCUUUGAUAGAAGGUCGCCAUUCUCAUUUAAUUUUAGGUCGUAACUGGAUGGUUAACAUUUUAAAAAGAAGUGAAUUCCCAUCAACAUCACCAAUAAUACAGGGAUUUGGAAGUUUAGAUUCUGUUGGACAACAACAACGUGAUGGAUCCUCCACUGGUUUGAACACUGGGAAUCUGGGGCUUUAUGAUAUGUCAUUGACAAAUGAAGAAUAUCAAGACGGUGCUUUAAUGUUUCAGCAAAUGGUUUCUCUAAGUAUAAUUGUCGGCGAAAUUAUGGACACAUUUUAUACUCAAGGGGCCAUUCAUGUAAACACCAAUAUUGAGCAGGUUCUAAAACUUGCUAAACCAUUACAAUUGAAAUUAAGAGAAUGGUAUCAUUCUUUACCAAAACAGUUGUCGAUGAACAAUUUUACCGAAAAGAAAUUUAAUUCAAACGCUACAUUGACACUAAUAUAUUUUGCAGCAGAAAUUACCUUACAUCGUAAGAUCAUAUCUUCGUUGAAACCAAACACGCCAAAGGAAUUGGUACAAGUUUGUAGAACAGCAGCAAGAACAAGAUUAGUGGCAGCUAUCGAAUUUGUUGGUGACUUGAAAAAUGAACACGUCAGUUCUUUUUGGUACGGUUGCUCCACUGGAAAUUUGAUGUUAAUUGGAACAUUUGCAGCGUUACUUUAUGUAACAGCUCCUACAAAGGAAGAAUCUAUCACAUUUCGAGAUUUGAUGCGUAAUUAUAUCUGGGUCCUGAGAGUUAGAUCUAAAAGUUUUGAUAAAUUACGUAAUGCAUUCAAUAAUAUACACAUGUUAUUGACUCAGAUUCCAGGUCUUUUAACUGAUGAGGAGGUUCCAAAUGGCGGGACUGAUAGAUCUAUAUCCUUUAGAACUCCAGACUUAUCAGCAAAUGGUAAACAGGCAAAUAACUCUAGACCACCACUAAAUAUAACCAAUCCAAUAUCUCAAGAUAUACUUCAUGGGUUGUCUAACCUGCCUGAUAGUACGCCACAACUAAACAGUUUUGGAAGUGCAACAGAUUUAGAAACGGUGGGUCUGCGUGAUAAUAACUUCCAUCAUGGAUCUCCUUCAUCAUACGCAUCCACUCCAACAAUAGAGAAUGAAUUGAAUGUCAAUAUGGUUCAUGAGCACAGAGCAAGGAUGAACAGAUCUAAUUCAGCACUCUUUGGAGAUAAUCAAUCCCCUAAGAUGGGAGUUUCGAAUAAUAAUAUGUCACCUUCUCAUCAUACUGCACAUAAUAGGCCACAAUUUUCCCCUGGUAAAAAUCACCAAUCACCAAGUCCAGCAAUAUCAAAACCAAGUGAAAGUUCGAUGGUGGCAGAAACAGUGGAGAGCCGAUCCCGUAAUCAGGAACACAGAGGAUCCAAAACUAGUGCAAUGUCUCCCCAAGGAAAGAUUCAACCAGAAAUAAUAUCAACUGAGGAGACACAUAAUGUACUAUGA